GGCAAAAAGUAGGUAGACAUGGCCGAAUUGCUCAAUGCUCGCUACUCGCUACGGGUUACGAGUCUCAUCCUAUCAUGGCCCCCCCAGGCGACACGAGGGCCUAAGCCUCUCAGAAGCUGCUGUCGUGUGCUCAUACACGUGCCCACAUCCGACUGUUUCGAACGGCUGUUUCUAAACCACCAUUUCAGAUGCUUCUCCUGCCUCGUUGCAUUCUUUACCUGAAUCGUCCCCUCGAACUCCUUCUGUUCUGCAUCUGCCCUCUGUGAGACAUCAGAGACUCGCUGUGCUCCCCUCGGUGUUGUACUUAUCUUGUUACCAUUCCACGCCUCACAAGUCCAGCAGACUGAAUCUACCGACUAACUCAGGGCAAGCCAUUAUGCCCCGACCAAGACCCCCUCCCACCCCUACUGGAUCAACAGACCUCAAAGCAUUGGAAAAGGCUGUACCCUCCACAGAUAUGGAAUCCACGUUCACACUGCCACCUCCAGCCUUGCGAGCAGCCGAAGGGUCAACAUCGUCUUCUAGCCAUGCCACGAAAAGCAGCAGUAGUUCCCGAGAGCACAACAACAAUGCCUCUGCCUAUUCUCAGAGUACUCCUCCGAUAUCUCCUCAGGACAAGCCGCUCUCUACGAGUCCUCGAAACAAGAGGACUGCCUCUGGAGCAGUCAAGGCGGCCCACGACCCUGCCACGAGUGGUGGCCCCUCGAACUCGUCUUCCUAUGCCCUGCCUCCACCCCCGAGCCGAGCGAGAAAGAUCAUCCAGAUGAAACCCAAGUCCGCUCCCUCUCCAGACAGUGACGCCAGUUACCACCCACCCACGUCUGCGGCGAAUGCGUCCAAUUCAGCCUCGAAGACGACCGGGGCCACGGCGGCCUCCAAGCGGAAACAGCCUUCUGCCACGAGUGCGGCUGGUCGAAAGAUUGCACGCAAGACAGCACAUAGCAUCAUCGAACGGCGGAGACGUAGUAAGAUGAAUGAAGAGUUUGGAGUGCUCAAAGACAUGAUACCUGCCUGUGAAGGCGUGGAGAUGCACAAGCUCGCCAUUCUCCAGGCAGGGAUCGAGUAUGUUCGGUACCUCGAGGGCUGCGUUGCCCAACUCAAGGGCGAGAACGAGAAGCAGAAAAGAUCGUCGGAGUCUGAGACGCAACGCCACCAUCACCACCAUCGUGAAGUUGACCUUGCUCCGGACGAGAACGAAGAGGAUGAGGAAGGUGACGAGGACGAGGACGAGGAUGAACACGACGUCGAAGUGCCCUCGCAGCCAGCUCAGCCGAGCAGAGCGGGCAAACAGACCAACAGAUCUGUUGGAGACGAGUGGCAGUAUAGAGACGCCCACCGACACUCGGUGGCUUCCUUGUCUAGUUCGGCACAUCCUUCUCCUCACAUAUUGUCCCAAACACAGGGCCAUUCGGACAGACAGAGUGGCAACGGCAGGAGUAUGCCGGGCCUACCAUCCUCCUACACGGACUCGCCCUCUCAGAUUUCCACCCAUGCGACGUCCAACACCCCUACGCCGACCAUGCUCAGUCCGGCGUUCAAUUCGAUACAUUUUUCUCCUGACCUCACCCGCUCACAGACGAAUACCACAAAGAGCGGUGCCGCCACGGGCAAGUCACCGGAGACUGGUGGUGCCGGUGGUCCAGGCCCAGUCGCUUCGUCGACCUCGACCUCCAACUCCUGGACGACGGUCAAUCCGAGCCCGGGCAUGGCACCACUCCCGUCGCCAAGGGCGGCACUCAACAUGCCCUUGCCACCGCCGAUGACGUAUCUGCAAUUACCGCAGCCGUACAACAACGGACAUUCCUCGCAGUCGCAAUCUCCGGACGGGAGAGAGGCGCACAGCAAGUCUCCGGCAGCGUUGAGCGAUGCGUCUGGAACCGCGGAGGCGACGGCAGGUGCUGCGUUGAUGAUGUUGACGAAUGACUGGAGAGGCUCCGUCUCGGGACCUCCAGGGGGUGGUCAGACGCCUUUGGUAUCGGAGGGGGGAGAAAGGGGAAAAGGUAUGAGUGUGAGAGAUUUGUUAAGUUCAUGACAUGCUUCCGAUUUAUGUACAUGAUUUGUGUCAGUCAAUGUUCAAAGGUACUCCAGAACUGAAGAUUCAUUACUUCUUUGUAUAGGACGUCUGUAAAAAAAAUAUACAUUCCGUACAA